AUGCUUUCCAAUGCUAUUUUAGCCUUAUUGGUGGCUUUUGGACCCUUUGUUAUUGGAUACCUCGGGGACUAUAGUGGAAUUGGCGGAUUUAGUGGGGUUAGGACAAAUCACCAGUGCAAUAAUCACAAGAUCGUGACAUCCGGGUAUCCUAGGAUAAGAGGACCCAGGACACUAGAUGACCGGAUAGUGAUUGUGGGCGCAGGGAUUGGUGGUGUCCAUAUGGCUUCCAUACUGAAGGAUCGCGGCUACAGGAAUGUUGUUAUAUUAGAACAGCGACCAGAGAUCGGCGGAAAGGCUUACUCUCGAUUCUACAGAGGAGUCUGGAUCGAGUUUGGAACCUUGUUUUUUUCGGACAUUUAUGAUCAAACAGCGAAACUAAUUGAGCAAUACACUCCAAGUUUUAGAAUCAAAUCCAAAGCUGCUUUUUCUGUCAGGCAAAACGACAAUGAGGAAACGACAUGGCAAAGAAUUUUGCUCCAAAAUACGGGAGAAACUAAUCCCCAGGAAGGCCUUCGUAGAAUUGUUGCUCAGUUAGAGAGAUAUGAACGAAUACAUCGCUGUUUGUUCGGAAAUUACUCCAGUGAACUGAUGCCUCGCCCGACACCCGACGUUAUGUACGAAAUUCGAGGGACAGUUUUGGAUUUCUUACAGAAAAAUGAUUUACUGCUAUUGGCUCCAUAUUUCCGAAUUUUUCUUACGACCAAUGGCUACGGUUAUGCUAAUGAAACUGCAGCUAUAUAUGGACUUAUGUGGGUUCCCCCACCUGUACUCAGAGGAACACUAACCCCUGAAAACGGAUUUUGGCUUCUUGAAGGUGGAUUUCAGGUGCUUGUAAAUGAAAUUGCAAAACAAAGAAAUCUGGACAUUCGCCUUGGGGUUGAUGUCGUUCAAAUUCAGAGAAGGAAUGGCCCAUCGGGUGUAUAUGUAACUUAUAAGUCAAAGGGAAGUCCAGCAGUUUUAACUGAUCGUUUUGACUUUCUCAUACUUUCUCCAGCAAUGAAUUCGUUGUUUGAUAUCGUUGACUUUAAUCCAAAGGAGCUGAAUAUUUUCAAGAAUCUAGUGAAUGCUAAUUACGUCACUUCUUUGGUGGAAUCUGACUUAGGUAGACGUACUCGUGAUCCUCAAGUGUAUUUCAAUCAAGAAAUAGAUCAACUUUCUUAUUCCAUGUAUUCAUCAAUUUCGUUUUACCAUGCCAAAAAUAACAUAACUGGCGAUGACUAUCGUCUUGGAAUUCGAGAAAAUGGCCCCGAUGGUAGGCCCCAAGAAACAACCUUGUACUAUCAGUACGGUCUUGAAAACCCCUGGGCAAAGGACACAGAUUCAAUGAUUCAAUCAAAACUUGGAGCCUUUCUUAAAAGAUUCGAUAAAACUAAUCCACGAGUUCUCGAACAGAUAAAAUGGGGAUACUAUUUCCCAAGGUUUCCGCCCCCAGCGGCAGAUAGAGGAUAUCUCUGGGACAUUUUAGAAAUGCAAGGCAAAUUCAAAACCUGGUAUAUUGGUUCAUCCGUCUGCUUCGAAAGCUUUGAAAGUGUGGUCGAAUACAACAACUUGUUGAUGAAACUUAAACAUUGAAAUGAUAUCAUAUGCAUGUAACUAGAAAUCUUGCUUAGCCUCGAAGGAUUUUAUCGUUCUUUUGCUAAUUGCUGUUAUUGUUUGAAAUCAAAUCUAAUGAUGAAUGCCGGGUUAUUUUCGCCUAAAGUUAUUUUUACCUCUCUCCAGUUGCAAACGAAGUCGGCCCGUCUUGAAGUAGUCCAGAAAUUUAAAUAAUCAGGGAUAUUUUCAGACAUUUGACACCCGUUCAGUUCAAAAUUUGCCCGCUGAAAACGAGGGUGAAAGAGUAAAAAAUAAAACAGGUGCAAAUAUUUCCUUGUAUACAGUUCUGCUAUAAUUUUAAUUGAAAUUUACAUACACACUUAUGUACAAUUUGGUUUUUAAGACAUGUAAGUAGCUGCAAUUGUUUCAUAGACCGUAAUUCAACGGAAGUAUUUUUUUUAUCCAAUCAACUCUAAUUUGUCCACUUUGUAGAUUUUUGGUCUUUUAAUGGCUUGUAUAUUUAAGUAUUGAAUCCUUAUUUUUUGAAAGAUAUAGUCUCAUAACUGCAACAGUGUGUGCAUACAAAUUGAAUAACGCGCGUUAGCGCGUUAUGAAAAUUUGUUUGCACACACCGUUGCAGUUAUGAGACUAUAUCUUUCAAAAAAUAAGGAUUUAAUGCUUAUAUUUACAUUUUUUUACCUUCUUGUCUUGUACGCAAAUGCGAAUUAUACCUCAAAAUUAUUGUAUUAUCCUAUGGGUAAGUUCAAAUUAAUGGAAGAGCCACAGUAACAGCCACAAGCGUGAUCUUUGAUUUUCGCUUGUGUCGUUGUAUUUAGCAGCGUUAAACGUUUGUGACUUCACAAUUAAAACUCGUGAUUUAACCUAUUAGUACCCUGUCUGUGUUAUGGUGCUAUAUCUGCGGUAGCUUUACAUGCAAAAUAUAUGUGGAAUGUAAAUAUUUCCCUAUAUUUAGAAAUAAUUAUGCCAACCUACCAAAAGGUAUGACUUAAUGCAAUACUAUUUUGUCUACAUAUACAUGGAUUACAUUAAUUAUAAAAGUCUUUGUAAUCUUUCUACUCUCAUUGGCAAAGUCUGAGUGAAUGAUGAUCAAAUGAUGAACGAAUGAUAAGCUAUUAGGGAAUUUUGGCCAGUAAUGAAUCACCGAGUGCGCAAACAGAGCUCAAUGUGAACGGCAAACGCACGCUGAACACAAGAUCAACAACUUGUUCGGCAUACUAGUAGAUUAAGCAUUAACUUCACGCUGUGUUUAUUAGGGUUUUUAACAAAACCUUAAAUCAUCAUUAAGAUUGAUGUAUUCAUCAAAAUUAAAUUAAGAUGUAAAGCGUUAAAUAAAAAUAUGUUGACACGUGACAUCAUAUAAUUUUGAAUAUUAUUUAUUUGGAGAAAUUGGCGAAGGCGAUGAUAACCCAUUUAACGUUUUAACUUCCAUGUUUUUUUCUUCUUUUUUAAUUGUUAUUGUAAAGGACAUCUGAUCUACUUUUAACCUACUUCAUUAAAUAAUUAGUUUGAAUGAAUUAUGUUUAUUGUAUUUUUCAAAGUGUUUUUUCUCGUACAUGUGAAAGAUUAACGUAUGCUCACAACUGGCCGUGCAAAUUGUUCGACGGGUCUUACCAGUCCUGGCUGCAGUGAUUAAAAGUGGAGCGAGAAAUAAUGGAUUUGCAGUUGAUGAUGAUAUAUCAGUAUUCAAUUACAAGUCCAUUUAGUUGUAAUAAGGUGUGAGAACCACCAAUCAUUUUAAAGACAGUUGUGAGUACCCUACUGAGAGGUGGCUUCUACAGUUUACGUGUGUCAUUUUCUUCAUUAAGUCGGUUGAGCGUGAAAUUCAGCUAUAAACUGUCGCUCAGAAGAGAUUAUACACUGAAAACAGAAGGUUAAGGGUGAUUUUCAAUAAAAUAUGAGUGUCGCAAUUUACCCAAAAAAACUGUCGCCUUUAAUUCUGAAAAUUCUCAAAAAUCGACAAAUGCUGGGGUCAGCUUGAGCACAUAUUUUAUUUGCAAGUGCAACGUAAAGUUUCAGUGACAACUGGUCGUGCCUGUUAAGUGAUCGGCCGUGAGCUGCAGUUUUUGCCAAUGAGAGUUAUCAUGCAUAUGGCUAAUAGAAAUGAAGUGAUUGCAAGCGCAACGAAAGACAAACGAAAGUUUGACGUGCCAUUCGAAGUUGUCACUUCGAUAUUAUACGCAGAUGGUUUGUUACUUGCGAAGUUCAAUGCCCGUAGGAACCAUGAAUGAGAAUUCAAAAGUGCAUGUGUAUUCCCUUGCGAAUACAAGUACUAUCAUCCGGGUCAUAGGUCACCGUCAAAUCAAUAGUUCCGACGCGUUUGUACCUUAUAACAGUUGCAUAGUCAAUUGAUAGUUAUCCCGAUGACUAUAGAAUAUUUCUUUUAAGAAGUGAAGAUAAUAAUUUUUGUAUUGAUCGACGUAUCAAAGAAAAAAUUAACCGGAAAACUUUUUAAUCAAUACGCUACGCGCGCAUUUCUUAUCAUUUAAUAAAACAUUUUCAUUUUCAAAGUGUUAUUGAUCAAAAAUGUAAAUAAUGUAAAUGAAGCGGUGUCAAUGAAUAUAAAUCAACAACAGCAACAAUAUUAGAAAUGGAUGCGCUUUCAGCUGAUGCAGAGCUAUUGAGCUGAAUUUCAUGGAUCAAACACACAUCAUCUGAACCGGCUGAAUUGAAAACGAAAGGAAAAUUCAUGCGAUCGCUUUUGAUAUUAUUCACUGUGCAGAAAGAUUCGUAAUAAAACUAGUUUUCAUGUGAGAUCGCUGGAAUAUGCAACUGGACAUAACCAUCCAAGUAGAGGCGAUCGUGGACGAAAAUAGUUGAUAUGUCGACAAAGAAUAGUAUGUAUAAGCGAUUUUUGUAAACUUUGUGGUAACUAGAUAGCCGGUGAUGUACUUAAAUGGCAUGUCUGCCGCUUGGAAUGCGCUGAAGGAGUUGAUGCACUACUCAUAGCUUUGUUCUACGAUGCUUAUUCUGAUGGCCGAUCAUGUACGGGUGUAAAUUAAAAAAUCAUCGUUACCAAAUUUGAACAGCAGUGUGACCGUGAAAUUGUAUAAGCCUAUAUGUUCAUUAUAAUUAUUCUGGAAAAGGAACAGCUAGCCUCGUAGUAAAGUUGAUUGAUUUAAAGCAGACGAAAUCGUGAGGAGACACUUAAUUUUCUAUUUCGUGAAUCAAAUAAUGUGUUUUGUUUAUUUUUGAAAGUUAAAGUUUUAAGUUUUUAUGUUUAUAAAAUUGUAUUUUGGUUGCUGACAAUAAAA